AUGCCUCCAGGAACCCCUUACGCCUCUUUUGCGCUCCCUUAUCCCAUCCGUGUUGACUGUUUCACCUGCACAGCUCAUCUUCCACCUCCGUACAAUACACCAGCACUGCAUCUCCUCACACACUCCCAUACCGACCACAUUCUUGGCCUAUCGUCAAAAUCAUUUGCUUCUCGGGUAGUAUGUUCGCCUGAUACAAAAGAGAUGCUCUUGAGGCAUGAGGUUCAUCUGGAGCGAACAAAGAAAGAUUCAGGUGAAGUCGCAACGAGGACGUUUGCUCAUUUGAAGGCUGAGGGUGGAGCACUUAGUAGGGAUUUGUUGCACGCGGUUCCACUGAAUACUCCAACCGAAUUCGAGUUAUCGACUACUGAGACGGUAACUAUCACGCUCAUCGAUGCAAAUCACUGUCCGGGUGCUGCUAUGUUCCUCAUCGAGGGUCCUCGUGGCACGAUUCUUCAUACGGGCGACGUACGCGCCGAACAUUGGCUACUAGAAUCUCUAACUCGAAACCCGUUUCUCCAACCAUAUAUUCCAGAUACGGAGGAAGAUCUCCGUGUUCUCGUAGCGCGAGGCGGCCAAACAACGAGUUUGACCAAAACGUUGAAUGCGAUUUAUUUGGAUACGGCAUGCAUGUUGAGGGGAACUGUUGUCCCCACAAAGGAAAACGCGGUCAAAGGCUUGGUCGAGCUUAUUGCAUUGUUUGAUAAGGACACCUAUUUCUUCGUAAACUCGUGGACUUGGGGAUACGAGGACGUGCUCAAGGGUAUAGCACGAGCGUUCCAGUGUCAGAUUCAUGUCGAUCGAUACAAAUAUGCGGUCUACACGCAUAUAUCAGAUCCAUUUCUUCGUACUCUCGUCACACGUGACGUGACGAGCACCCGCUUCCAUGCUUGUGAACGGUUUGAGCGGUGUAGUUUCGUGAAUGUACCUAACUUCGACUUCCAGAAUGACUUAGCGCCACGGAGCACGGAGGGAAAAAAGGUCGUAUACGUCAAUCCUGUGGCUAUGGGAUGUGCACAGUGGGAGGGCUAUCGCAUGGAUGUACGAAGACGUCUUGCGAUGGGGAAGGAUGUUGAUCGCUUGCUCGUACCUCUCGAACGACAUUCUCCACUACCAGAACUGCUCAACCUUGUUUCCCUCUUCCGCCCGCACCGGCUAAUUCCCAAUACCCUGGUGCCCGCCCUCGGCGGUCUCGAUUGGACUGCGAUGAAUGCCAUGUUCAAAGAGUGCAUGGCACCGCCCACUUAUAACCGUGGCAAUCCCAUCCAGAACGAGUCCAGCUCGUUAGGAAUUGAGCAUCCCAGCGUCUUCGAUCUCGCCUCCCUCGACCUCGCCGAUACAGAUCCGGCAAUGAAAAAUUUUGUCGGCGACUCUGCUGAACUUGAAGCACGGAAGUGGGCAGAUGACGGGAGUAUGCGACGACGGCUAGAGGUACUUCGAGGGUGGUUGAGACCAAAGGAAAAGGAAAUCAUUGAUCGAGCGCUUGGACGUCCACCGAAUUCACGUUCUGAGUAUGAAGGCUCAUCCCCGUUAUCGUCCCGGAACGAUGCUGCGCCGGAGACUUCCAAAAGGAUGACUAGAACCCACAUGCAAGUGAAACGCUAUGUGGAAGACUCGGAUGACUCGAGCGACGACGAUGGGUCUGAUGCACAUGUCAGGACUGCACGUUUGCUCUUUGCUGGGAAUUACAGCAUUGAAGAGUCGAUUAAAAGCUGGUUGUCGUCGAGUCCGUCGCAUAUAUCUGAAGGCGAGCCACAGAUCAUUGGUGCCGAAAAGGUGGGCCCUGUGCAAGAACACGUCAUUGCAGCUCCAACAUCAGAAGCUGACGUCCAGGCUCCGGUAUUGGAAAGCAGCGUUCAGGUCCCGGUGUUCGUACAGACUAAUGACACAGUGCUUGUCCCAUAUACCACGCUCUCCGCUGAUCAGAGCCUCCGCACACCGGUAUCGUCACCUGUCUUGCGUCUGCGAGAUGUUAAGGGAAAACCAUUUAAGAGCCUUGCCAAUCAGGAGCUUUCUCCUUAUGCAUCUCUCCCUCUAGCUCAGAGCCAGCAUAGUGAUGAUCAUAGGAGAAAACGCCGCAGACUUGAAGAACAUACCAACGAUGUUCCUGAGACAAACAAUAGUGUGCAAGUCACUUCUUUUGUUUCUGCCUUCGGGUAUCCAUUUCUUAAUACGAAAUUAAUGACAUUGUCUCACGACCAUGAUCAGUCUCAUUCUGCAAUCCUGCCUAGAAAUUUUGCACCCAAUCAGUCGGCUCCGUUACUUGUACCCCCUCCUCUUCACUCAGAGAUCAGUCCUCACCGCAGAGGCCAUGAACUCCUUCCAGCAUCCUCUACCUCCGUCCUCGUUACUUUAACCUCGCCUCGCACUAUCACUCCCACUCCCACGAUACCUCUGCUGUCGGGUAACACUUCAACUAUCAGCCUUGCCUCGUCCUCCAAGGUUCCACAGCCUUCCUUCGUCAUCUCAGAAAAAUCUUCAAGCUCUCGCUCAGCAGAACGGCGCAAACGACGAGAAAUCGCCGAAAAACUUUCUCUAGCUCGUCCAGAUUUGAUUGAUCCCUCCUAUGUAGCAAAGCGGUCAAGGAGGUUGUCUCGGCUUAAAGAACAGUCGGUAUCCCGCUGGCGUGAGCUGUUGGACGAAGAUACAGAAGAAGUGCACCAGACAAUGGAUUGGGAACGAAGUCGAAGGCUUGCGUUGGAUGUCACGAGUGCACUUGCUGCGGGGCGGAAGGCUAGGGAUGUGCUUCCACGAUUAAUGUGUGUAUCUACUCGGCAAAAGCAUCUCGCGGGCUAG